AUGUACUACCAACUGGCCGCUAUAACGCUACUCGUAGGCGCCCUGGGCGUCGACGGUGCACCGCCGCGCCUUGUGCCGCGUCAAAACUCAAACGCGUCGGGCUGUCUGUAUGGCAGCGACUUCCCAGCCGAGUCGGAGUGGCUCCCAUUUGAGACGUUGUUCGACAACUGGACCCCGACCUUCACAGCACAGGGCGACACGGCAGGCGAGGUGGCCACGAUGAAGAAAGCGCUCCAAUUAUACGCCGGCGAGGGCAAUUUCAACCCGACCUUCGCGACGGCUAUCAUUAUACAGGAGACUUUCGGCAACACGGCGAGGGCGUGCGGCGAUGGAGGCGCCAGCUGCGGUGUCAUGCAGGUCAAGGGCGGGCCGAGCUCGUGUGUGGGCCAGGCGCACCCGUGUCCCGACGACACCAUCAGCAACAUGAUCCAAUGCGGCACCGUGGGAUGCGCCGGUGCCACGGGUACCAACAUCAAGGCCUGCCGCCAAAGUAGCUGGGGGGCUACGGCACGGUGUUAUAACACGGGCAGCGUGCCAGACCCAUCGAACCUCUGGUCCGCACCGUGGGGCACCCCGGCCUACGUCAACAUAAUCGGUAACAUCUUGACGGGGGGCGUCGCCAGCACGACCGCCCGCGACCAGCUCAUGGCUGACUGCACGCCUCGCUCCUAG